UAAAGGCGCGCGCGAAUCUUGGAGGGCUGCCGGCCGCGGAGCUCCCAGCGUGUUUCCGAACGCUGAGCCCGGCAGCUGGCAGGUGCGGGAGGAGGCUCGUCGUCGCGUCGGGGCAGGCGCUGGCUUUCUGCUCCCUUUCGCCAGUUUUCGAGGCUGAGGUCAGGAACCAGAGCGGCGGCCGGCGCAGCCCCGGAGCCCCGGGCAUGGCGGCCUCGGAGGGGGCGCCCGCUCUGGCUGAAGGCGCGGGGUCGGCACCGUGGUCGCAGCUGGAGGCCCCGGCCCGGUUCCUGCUGCAGGCGCUGCAGGCGGGGCCGGAGGGGGCGCAGCGCGGCCUGGGGCUGCUGCGGGCGCUUGGCAGUCGCAGCGGGGAGCCCUUCGGCUGGGCCGGCGUCCUGGAGGCGCUGUGCCGGGAGGAGCCUGUCGUGGAGGGCCCGGACUGUCGCCUGGAGCUGAAACCACUGCUGCUGCGAUUGUCCCCCUUAUGCCAAAGGAACCUGAUGUCCCUGCUGAUGGCUGUCCGGCCAUCGCUGCCCGAGAGCGGCCUACUCCCUGUGCUGCAGAUUGCACAACAAGACCAAAGCCCCGAGCCUGAUGCCUGGCUCCGGGCCCUGGGGGAAUUGCUGCGGAGGGAUCUGAACGCUGGGGCAGCGCUUGAGGGAGCGUCCCCGCUGUCUGCGAGCUGCCAGAGACAGCUCCAAGGCCUGUGUAGGCGGCUGGGCCAGGGAGGCAGGAGGCUGAGGUUGGCCCAGGCUCCAGCUCCUGAAGAGGAGGAAGAGGGGGAGGAGGAGGACAAGGACUCCCCGCGGUCUGGGAAACGCAGAAAGGGGCCAGCAGAAGAGCCUGCCAGUCCUGAGGGCGAAAGGGCCCCCAAAAGGUUCCGGCGUUUGGAAAGAGAAGAGGAAGAAGGACAGGAGGAGGAGAGCCGUGAACCGGAAUCUCUGGAAUCCUGGGCAGAUGGAGGAGGUGCCUCACCCACUAAGAACCAGCCUGGCCCGGCCGAGCCCAGGGAGGCUGGGCAGGGUCUGGAGGAGACUCAGGGCCCAGCCGAGGGCUUGGAGUUGCCCAAAACUGUCCAGGACCAGGUUCCCAGGCUGCAGCAGCUGCUCAAGACCUUCGGGGAGGGUUUGGAGGGCGCCCCCCCGCGUGGGCUGCAGGUUCUCCAUGAAUGUAAUCCCAGCCAGAUGGACCUUCUGUGUGCUCAGCUGCAGCUCCCACAGCUCUCGGACCCAGCUGUCUUGCAGCUCUGCACCUGGCUCCUCUCCCUUUCACCAGAUCUCAGCCUCAGCAAUGCGACUGUUCUGACCAAGAGCCUCUUUCUCAGACGGAUUCUCUCCCUGACUUCCUCAGCCUCCCGCCUGCUCAUGACUGCCCUGACCUCCUUCUGUGCCAAGUAUGCCUAUCCUGUCUGCAGAGCCCUUCUUGGCCCCGUGCUCCAGGCCCCAGGAAUAGGUCCAGCUCAAACAGAGUUACUGUGUUGCCUUAUGAAGGACGAGGCCCUGGAGCCAGACACACGGAUUCUAAUGCUGGGACAGAUCUUGGAGCUGCCCUGGAAAGAGGACACGUUCCUGGUGGUGCAGUCGCUGCUGGAGCGGCAGGUAGAGAUGCCGCCUGAGAAGUUCAGUGUGUUGGUGGAGAAGCUCUGUAAAGAGGGGCCAGCGGCCACCACGUCUGUGGCCUAUGCCAAGCUCGUGCUGAUGGUGAUGACCAAGUAUCAGGCCCAUAUCACUGAGAUCCAGAGGCUGGGCCUGGCCACAGCCAUAGAGCUCAACACCACUUUCCUGAGGAAGUCCCUGCAGGCCGCCCUGAGACAUCUGGCCCCCUGACCGUGCACCAAGGGACCACACUGCUGGAGCGCCCUCACCAGCUGCCUGAAGGAUACUUCUGCCCUCUGCACCUCACCCUGACCCCUCACCUGGGGGUAAAGGCUGAGCCUGGUCAUCCCAGGGGUCUGCUGCCUCCCUGCUCCAGGAUGCAGAGAAGACAUCUUGGCCUCCCAGCCAGCAGGAAAGCUCCUGGGCUAAGCAGCUUGAUGAGCCUUCUUUCCAGCUCAAAAGUGACUCCUUGUCACUUUUACUGCAGACUGUGGGGACAGAAACUUUCUGAAAGGCCUCAGUAGGGUCAAAGCAGACCCAGGUAGAUGAGUGAUGCUUCAGGAGGCCUGAGGUGACCUGUGUCCUCAGCCCGAACAUCUUGCACUCAAGUGUAUAUUAUGACCCUCUGUGUUCUUUCUGACUUGGAUAAUAAUUUAUUAAAAAGCAGGUAUUUAAUAAAAAGCAGGA